AUAUUUUCAUCCUUUUCUCUCUUCUCUCUUCUUUGUUUUUGAUCAGUAUUAUCAAAUGAGUCCGUGGAAUUUCUGUGGUGAAGGUUUUCCAUAUGGGAUUCGCUACUGAAGAAUUUCAGGGCAUCUCUUUCUUUCUCGCUCUUCAAGGUUGGAAUGCAAUUUGUGAUUAAGGAAGGAUAAUUUUGUUUAGAAGCUUUUUGGUAUUAUAAUUAGGGGGCCAACACAGGAUGAAGGGGCGCUCGAUGCUUUUGUUUCCAUUGUGACAGGUCCACCAGGGCCAAAUCCAGUGCAGUUAAUGCCGAGAAUCUCCUUUCCUGUCCUACUGUUAUGGGGUGAUCAAGAUCCAUUUACUCCACUUGACGGGCCUGUCGGUAAAUACUUCUCGUCUCUUCCUUGCGAACAACCAAAUGUAUGCCUCUUUGUUUUAGAAGGUGUUGGACACUGUCCUCAUGAUGAUAGGCCAGAUUUAGUCCAUGAAAAGCUGCUCCCUUGGUUGGCCUGUCUUCCUGCUUCAUGA